GUUGGCAAGUAUGAAAUGUAUGCGGUAGAAAAACGAACUUCAACCAACGUGAACCGCGCCGCCCCGCCGCUUGUCAACAUGGCGUCCAGACUGGAGAUCAACUUUGUCCGCUUAUUGUCUCGCUGCGAGUCUAUAGCUUCGGACAAACGCGCUGAGGCGGAAUGGAGGCUGGAGAAGUACGUUGGUGCCCUGGAAGAGAUGUUGGUGGCCCUGAGGAAAAGCACAAGCAAACCCACAGCGGAAGUCCUGACGGAAUACACAAGAAAGGUGGAUUUUCUCAAAGGCCUUCUAGAAGCAGAGAAGCUGUCGUCCCCGACAGAAAAGGCCCUCGCCAACCAAUUCCUGGCUCCCGGGCGAACGCCGACCAUCGCCCAGGAGAGGAUGCCGGUCACUAAGACGGUCCACAUGCAGACCAAGGCUCGAUGUACCGGACAGAUGAGGGACGAGCUGCUCGGCACGGAUUUGUCCAGCAAAGAAACAGACCUGCGGAACAGAAGAGGUCUGCCGCUGGACGAGCGCCAGUCGGCCGCCGAGCUGGACGCCAUCUUGGCGCAUCAGCACAACCUGCAGGAGAAGAUCGCCGAGGACAUGUUGAACCUGGCCAGGAAUCUGAAGAACAACACUCUGGCUGCACAGAGCAUCAUCAAGCAGGACAACCAGACUCUGGGUCAGUCCAUGCGUCAGGCGGACGUCAACUUGGAGAAACUGAAGACGGAGUCGGAGCGGCUGGAGCAGCACGCCAAGAAGUCUGUCAACUGGCUGCUGUGGCUCAUGCUGGUCCUGGUCUCCUUCACCUUCAUCAGCAUGAUCCUCUUCAUCAGACUCUUCCCCCGCCUCAGAUGAAAUACACACUUGCAGCUGGUGUCUCAUCGCCAUCAGCGUCCUCGCUCACCUGGUGCAUCGUGGGUAAUAACUGUGCGUUGUAAGUACCAGUCGGGGACUUCCUGGGCGGAGUCAGCCCCGACCCUUGGACCUCCUGGAAGUGACCUGAGGCCCAAUAAAGUCCUGAGUGAAGAACCUGCACAUCUCAACCUCCAUUUCCAACUGACUUGCUUCUGGAACGUGGUUUGGAACAUCAAGAGUUUGUAUAAUGAAGCAAAUUUCUGCAUAAGGAACAAUGUCAAUAUGAAUAAUUGGUUCCGGCGUCGACAAAAGUGCAUGUUUUAGUGAAGGUUUUUAAUGCACAAAGUGCUAUAACACUGAAUGUCAAACAAGCAUAACAAGGAGGGUAUCUUUUUUUGACAAGCCAACACACAGAAGUCCCGGUGCCCUCACAAACUACCAGAAACCACAAAAAUCGUUAACAUUAAAGACCUACUGAAAGCCACUACUAGCGACCAGGCUGUCUGAUAGUUUAUAUAUCAAUGAUGAAAUAUUAACAUUGCAACACAUGACAAUACGGCCUUUUUAGUUUACUAAAUUGCAAUUUUAAAUUUCCCGGGAGUUUCGUCUUGAAAACGUCGUGUAAUGAUGACGUGUACGCAAGACGUCACAGGUUUUUAGGAAAUAUGAACGCUGCACACACACACAGCUAAAAGUCGUCUGCGUUAACGGCAAAAUUAUAUAGUAUUUUGGACAUCUGUGUUGCUGAAUAUUUUGCAAUUUGUUCAAUUAAUAUUGGAGAAGUCACAGUAGAAAGAUGGAGGUGGGAAACUUUAGUCUUUGGCCACACAAACACACGGUGAUUCCUUGUUUAAAAUUCCUGGAGGAUCAGAGCGCGGUCAAGCAAACAUGAAUAACAACAGAAUGUCAACCAGCAGGUUUUGGUGAGAAAAUUUUGGUUAAAAAGUCGCUUCUUACCGGAGUUCAGCUGAGCUUGUGCCGUCGACUCUCCUGAGACAUUGGCGUCAACACACCCGUGGACACACACCUCCGACUAUCAGGUACUAUUAAACUCACUAAAUCACCAGCAACACAAUAGAAAGGUAAGGGAUUUCCCAGAAUGAUCCUAGUAAAUGUGUUUAAAAACAUCAGAAUCCGUCCCAAUGCAAUCACGUUUUCUUUCUUUCUAGUCCGUCGCUAUCAAUAUCCUCAAACACAAAUCUUUCAUCCUCGCUCAAAUUAAUGGGGAAAUCAUCGCUUUCUCGGUCCGAAUCGCUCUUGCUACUGGUGGCCAUGAUUGUAAACAAUGUGAGGAGCCCUACAACCAGUGAUGUCACGCGCACAUCGUCUGCUACUUCCGGUACAGGCAAGGCUUUUUUAUCAGCACCAAAAGUUGCGAACUUUAUCGUCGAUGUUCUCCACUAAAUCCUUUCAGCAAAAAUAUGGCGAAAUGAUCAAGUAUGACACAGAAUGGACCUGCUAUCCCCGUUUAAAUAAGAAAAUCUCAUUUCAGUAGGCCUUUAACCACCAUAUAGCUACAAUAAUAAACUUACAUUGACAUCAUGACUGGUACUCUUCUCCUCCGCCGUGAAAUAAGUCCACUUUGGCAUAUUUUUCCAGAAAAGUCCAGGGGUCUCAUCACAAUUAAAGACUUGCUGUAGUACGAAA